AUGAUCCAGAACGACCUCGAACUCGCUGCCGUGUGCACGUUUCUCAAUGAAUUGAGUCUCGACGAGAUCAUUCGGUGUGGCGGAGGAGCUACAGGCGGCCAUUUUGACCGCCACCAACAGGUGUUCCCUGCUUUUCAGACCUCCUGGAGUCGAUCGUCCGAUUUCCAGUCGGACGAAAGCAUUUGCAGCUGGGAGGAUGACGACCGUGACAAUGACGAACUCGCUCGGGAGUGGUCCAUUGCUGGCGUCACGUCGAGUGAAGGGAGCGACAGUGACGACCUCCAGGAGCAACACGCGGUUGCCCACUCUCUGGCCACCACGAAAGCAAAAAGGCUACGGACCGAGUCGCAACGAGAACUUCAGCGGUCGUAUGACCGCAAGUUCCGAACGAACAAACGAGCGCGACGACUGGCUGGGUGUGAGACGUUUAUCGCAGCCCUGCAAGAGCUCACGGUGUUGAUGCAAUUUCGUAUUGCAAGGACGGAGAAGGAGAUUCAUCUGCUCUGUCUUGCCAAGAAGAAGGGAGGGAUGAUAUCGACCCACGAGUGUGCGCUGCGUCAAUUGGAGCGGAAUCAAGGCGUGGUCCAGUGCAUUCAGUCGUGUACAUCGAGUUGGAGGCAGGAAAAGAGCGGCGAGUUGGGCAAAUACUUUCUACGGGACCAGGCGAAAACGAUCCAAGCACUGGUGGACAAGCUACUGGAUCUCCGGACGAAGUUGGAGGAACUGACGGAGGAACUGCGGUGGCGCGUGGAAGAAGAGACAACAGGCGUCUGGGUCUGA